AUGGAACCGAGGAGGCUUGGGCGGUUAGUGUUUCUGCUCUGCUGCUGUGCGGCCGUCACAUGCAGUCUGCACGCGGGAGCUCAGGCACAAACCACUCUACGACAACAAUCCGAAGGCUCACCCCACAAUGGAGCAGUGGGUAGGGUAUUGUCGGAGACGGCGAAUCGAUCGCAUAGCGACCUUUCGAGAAGAACGAGAAGAAUCGAUCCUCUUGAUGGCUUGAGGAAGUAUGAGGGAGGGUUCAAUAUCACAAACAAGCAUUACUGGAGUUCGACCGUAUUUACAGGUAGAUCUGGAUACAUCAUUGGUGCAUUAUGGCUUAUUGGUGGUGUCAUUUUUGCCGGCUUCCUUCUUGCCUCAAAGAUUUUCUUCACCAAAAGUAACGAAAGAGAAAGAGACGGUGUCAUCGAUGAUUUUCUUGACAGAUGCCAUCUUGUGUCUGUCAUGCUUAUCAUUCUUCUUGCAGUUUUUGCCAUAGUUGCAUCGGCGAUCGCGCUUCAGGGCGCUGUACUAUUUCAUUCUAGAGCAGAGUCCAUCAAAGAUAUCGUCGGGAGAACAGCGCUUGAAGCGACUGCGACGAUUUAUAACAUUACAGGAGCCAUUGAGAGGAUGCAGAACACGUCGAGGCUAUACAACAUUAGUAGCCAAUCCUUUGAUCAUCUGAACUCCACGGUAAAGGCACUGAACUCUGAAGCCGUGGAAAUUCAGGCGAAGGCCGAAAAGAACAUGCGCUUGGUCAGCAAAGGCAUCAACACAUUAGAACUUGUCAUCAUUUUAACCGUGACGCUGAAUCUUGUCUUGGUCCUUGUCUUGCUAGUGGGAAGACCUCUGAGGCUACAGAAGUUGUACCAUAUGUGCAUAGCCUUGUGCUGGGUACUGACAGUCCUCUUCUGGAUGUACUUCGGGCUGUACUACUUCCUCGACAAGUUCGCCGGCGUCACGUGCGCGGCCCUCGAGGAGUACCAGCUGAACCCCAAGAACAGCACGCUGGGCGCCAUCAUACCCUGCAGCGAGAAGAUGUCCGGCAGCGUCAUCCUGCACGAUGUUGGUGCAGGCAUACACGACAUCAUAGACCAGGUGAAUUCGAACAUUUACACCAUCAAGUCGGAGUACCCCGUGAAGCAGCUGGGCUAUAUCUGCAACCCGUUCGCCGGGCCGCCGGGGUACCGGUACCGGCCGGAGAACUGCGCUUCCGGCGCCGCCACCAUUGGUGACAUCCCUCAGAUCCUGCGGAGGCUGACGUGCUCGGAGUUGAGCGGUGGCGCCAACUGCGCGCCGGCCGACCUCUCGUCGGCGAUCGACUACGACAAGGUGCAGACGUACACGAGCUCCAUCCAGAACGUGCUGGACAUCUUCCCGGGCACGGAGCGGCUGGUGAGCUGCGAGCUGGUGAAGGCCGGCUUCGCGGACAUCGUGGGCAACCAGUGCGCGCCGCUGCGGCGCGGCGCGCGGGCGACGUGGGCCGCGCUCGCCGCCCUGUCGACGGCCAUGGCACUGCUCGUGCUCGCCUCGGCGGCGUGCGGCGGCGUCGGAGGGUCGCGCCACGCCGGCGACGACCGCCACUCGGUGAGGCACCUCACGUCGUCGUCCAACUCGGAGGUAUCGGAGACCGAGUUCACCGAGAUGCACGCCAAGAAAGUGCGAGUUAAGAUCGCCGGGCCGUGA